CCCUACAUCUGGAUGGCAUGCAUCUCCUCCCCCUGACCCUGGCACAUCCCCCCCUAAGGACAGGCAGCAGCCUGGCAUGUCGCUGAGACCUUUCCUAGGGCGGAGCCAACGUGACACAUCGAGGGCUUGUAAGCAGAGGAAGGAGGCUGGCUGCUGGCUCACAUUCACAGGGCAGCUGCUCGCUCUCCUGCUGUCAGCUCCUGGGCAAAGGUGGACAGGAAGGGCAUCCCCCGAGCGCCUGGCACCGCUGCCACCAGUCCUCUCACUGAGCAGGGGGGACACAGCUAAGGUCUACCUUGUCACCAUGAACAAGAUGAAAAAUUUCACGCGACGGUUCUCCCUCUCUGUUCCUCGAACCGAGACUAUAGAAGAGUCGAUCACGGAAUUCACAGAGCAGUACAACCAGAAAAACAGCCGACAUAGCGAAGGUCUUGGACAUUCCCACCUACAACUGUCACACUUGAGCCCAGGGAAUCCCGCUCUGUCCCCAUCUGAUGGAGAAGGCUUGUCUCCCACCGAGCUACAUUACAGGAAUCCCGGACACCGACGUGUGUCUGUGGAUCAUGUGGGUAAACCAUUCUCGCUACCUGUGGACCUCCGGUUACCACCAGAGCUUCUUGAAAAACUGCAGACGAAUAGUCCGGAAGACUUUCCAAAACAUGAAAGUCGAAUGUCAAGAAGAGCGUCCUUGUCAGAUAUUGGAUUUGGAAAACUGGAAACGUACGUGAAGUUGGAUAAACUAGGAGAGGGUACAUAUGCCACUGUGUUUAAGGGACGAAGCAAGCUCACAGAGAAUUUAGUGGCCCUAAAGGAAAUCAGACUGGAGCAUGAAGAGGGCGCACCAUGCACAGCAAUAAGAGAAGUAUCCCUUCUGAAGAAUCUGAAACAUGCUAAUAUUGUAACACUACAUGACAUCAUCCACACAGAAUAUUCUCUAACGUUAGUCUUUGAAUACCUGGAUAGUGAUCUAAAGCAGUACCUGGACAACUGCGGCAAUCUGAUGUGCAUGCACAAUGUCAAGAUUUUCAUGUUUCAGCUUCUUCGAGGUCUGUCUUACUGUCAUCGUAGAAAGAUUCUUCAUAGAGACCUCAAGCCACAGAAUCUAUUAAUCAAUGAAAAGGGAGAGCUGAAGCUGGCAGACUUUGGUCUUGCCAGAGCCAAAUCUGUACCCACCAAAACGUACUCCAAUGAAGUAGUGACACUAUGGUACCGACCACCAGAUGUUCUGCUGGGAUCUACAGAGUAUAGCACGCCUAUAGACAUGUGGGGAGUUGGCUGUAUUUUGUAUGAAAUGUCCACUGGACGACCCAUGUUUCCUGGUUCUACAAUUAAAGAAGAACUGCAUUUAAUCUUUAGGCUUCUUGGAACAGCCACUGAAGACACGUGGCCUGGUAUAUCUUCCAAUAAAGAGUUUAAGGCUUAUGGUUUUCCACAGUACCGGGCACAACCACUGAAAAGCCACACACCUAGAUUGGAUUCUGAUGGGAUUGAGUUAUUGUACAGUCUGCUGUUGUAUGAGGAUAAGAAGAGGAUAUCGGCAGAUGCCGGUCUACAUCACCCGUACUUUAAAACUCUUGGAGAGAGAGUGCUGACACUGCCAGACAAUACCUCAAUCUUCACAGUGAAGGAAAUCCAGCUUCAGAAAGACCCUGGUCACCGUGGCUCCAUCUUUCAUCAGACAGGUCGUGGAAAGACCAGGCGACAGAGUAUAUUUUAAAGCAACUCUCAGACACUGGAUAACCUCCAUUCUUCACUGCCAGGGACUCCUGCAGUAAUAAAAAAGCUAGAAGUAUUAACAUUAACUUACCAGUCUGCAGUGAGUCUUGUGCCAAAUGUACUGUUAUGUGGGUAUCAAUGCUGGGUCCAGGGACGUGUAGGAUAUGAGGGAUUACUUCUAUGGAUCCCAUCAGCGCCUUUUAUUAGCCCUCUUCAUAAGGACAGCUUAACUAAAUGUCUCCAAAAACUCCAUAUGGAUUUGCUUGUUAUUUUACCCACAAGAUUUAUUUUACAUGUCUAGGUUGGGCUUUGCUGAAAGAGUUCACAGUACUCCGAGUUCCAGAUUGCAUAGAUAACGAAACAUAGCUAUGCUCCCAGGGAAGUGGUUAAUAUUGUAAACUCCAAGAUUGUCAGUGCAUGGCAAUGCUUUGUAGACAUUGUAGAGAUCAUGGUCUAAAGCUCUGAAAACUAUAAUGACCUGCCAUUGUUAUAGCAUGCCUUUAUGGAUCCAGGUACAUUAUAUGGGCAAAGGUAAUGAUACACCGACGCAUUACGCCUACAGGAGCUUUUAAUCCAUAGGCAUUAUUAUAGUGUCCCCCCACUUCUCUUCUACUCUUCUGGGAAGGGUUUCUACAAGAUUUUGGAGUGUGUGGGGGGAAUUUUUGCUCAUUCAUCCAGAAAAGCAUUUGUGAAGUCAGACACUGAUGUUGGACCUAGCUUGCAAUCUCCAUUCUAGUUCAACCCAAAAAUGUACGAUGGGGUUGAGCUCAGGGAUCUGUGAUUGGCUGUCAAGGUCAUACACACCAAACUCGCCCAACCAUGCCUUUAUGGACCUUCAUUUAUGCACAGUCAUGCCAAAAAUGAAAAGGGCCUUGGCAUGUUGAAGCAUUAAGAUAUCCCUUCUGUGGGGGCCAAGGGCAAUCCCUGAAAACAACCCAAUUGUUUUAUCCCUCCUGCACCAAACUUUACACUUGGCAAAAUGCAGUUAGACAGGCAAUGUUCUCCUGGCAUUUACCAAAACCAGACUCUUCCAUCAGAUUGCCAGAUGAGAGAAUCCUGAUUCCUUACUCCAUAGAACAGGUUUCCACUGCUCCACAGUCCACUGAUGGAGGCAAAUACAGGGAGAACAUGUAAACUCCUUGCACAUGAUGCAGUUUCACACCUGUUAACCCAAGGGCCACUGUGCUGCUAACCACUGAGCCAUUGUACCUCAUUAGUUUUUUCAAAAGUGACCAAAAUGAAAUAUUAUCAAAUAUUUUUCACCAGUUGUUAUGGCCACACAUGCAAUUUCCCAUGUGGUGCUUAAAGGACAGUUUCAGUAUACUGUCUUAUUUUACUGUACUGAUUUUAAGAUUUUGAGCUUAUUGGCAGCUAGGCUAUAGUAAUCUGGCGUGGUCACUACACGAAGUACAGUGCUGUCUGCAUCUCUAGUUAGUUCUGGUGCCUACUGCAAACAGCGGACUGUUGUGGGUGCUGGGUGCCUGACCCCCACUGACAAUAUCUGUAGUCUGGAAAAUCCCUCUAAUAAAAGCAGUAGUAGUCCAGCAUUAUCCAUUCAUCAAGCGGUAUAGGCACUUAUUACUAUGACCAGGGAAAUAUGAGUUUUAAUAAGAUUGUAUGUAUUGGCUUUGUGCCCUUCUAUAUCCGUAGUUGAUGAAUGUAUACAUAUUUGAGAACAUAUAUACCACACAAGUAUCUAUAUUCUUAUGAUCUUGUACAUUCCAGAUUCAUUGUGUGCAAUUCAAUAGACAGCUCUUUUAACACACCGAUGAUGUCAUCUGUAGCAAGGACUGUUACAAAAUAGCUGCACAACCAUUCUAAAGGUUGGAUACCUACAUAUCCCAGCCUACCUGGAUAGCACUCCAACCCAAACACCUUGCAUACUUGAUCUUAGGCAAGCUGAACCUGAAAUGUAACUGAAAGGGAAUCACAGAGCCCAUUACAUCAGGCCUUUUGUAAGGCUACUUUCACAUUUGCGUUUGGUGCGGAUCCGUCAUGGAUCUGCACAGACGGAUCCAUUCAGAUAGUACAACCGUCUG